AUGUUGGCUGAUCCUACUCUUCGUUAUGCGGAUAUUCAAGCCUGUUGCUCUUGUCUUGGAUUUCGUGAGGGCGAUACAUACAAGAUAGAUACUGAUGCAGAAGUUUCCAUUCGCACUUUAUUGCGUUACUUACGAAAUGAAACUGCUGAAUGUGAUAUACGACGGGAACUUGGUCAACUCCGCAUUGUUUCCAGUGAUCUCAUACCGCUUCUCCGUUGUUGUAGCGGCAAUAAAAUAUUAUUUGAACUGGUCAUUCGUCUUCUUAUGAAUUUGACUCAACCUGCAAUUGUAUGUUUUCGUCAAGAGAUACCAAAGGAUCGUGAUCUUUACAGUGCUUAUCUUCAAGUUGAUGAUUUACUAAAGUCAUACAAAAAAGACUUUGCAGAUGAAGAAUUGUUUCGGGUCCUGUGUAAUGUGGUAGGCAGUUUAUUAGAUAGAAGCUGGGAGGAAAGGAGUGAAGAAGAUCGUCUUCUCAUUGAGCGUAUUUUGAUUUUAAUGCGUAAUGUACUUCAUAUUGCUCCUGAUGUUGUUGGCGAGCAGCGUACGGACGAGGAUAUUUCUGUACAUGACCAGAUUUUAUGGGCAAUGCAUUUAUCUGGGUGGGAUGAACUACUUUUGUUUCUUGCAAAUCCAGAUGAUGAACAAAUGUUCGCUUUUCAUACUCUUGAAAUCAUGUCACUGAUGUUAAGGGAACAGACACCUGAGCUACUUGUCUGUGUUGGAAAUAGAGCAGAAACUAAAUCUGAGUUAAACACUCGGAGAAAACUUAUUGAAGGAUUGAAAAUUCGAGAUGAUAUGGAACGAAAGAAUUUUCUUUACGCCUGUAACCUAAGUCAAGCACGAUUUGGUGGUGCUUUUGAAUUGGUAAAUACACCAUCUUUGAGCGAACGUCCAAUGAUUUACCAUCAUGAUAUUACCCAUAAAGCUCAAAUAACAACUGUAAUUUCGAAACAGUUGGACAGUUCUGUAGAUGUGGUGGAUAAUGUCGGCAUCGUUGAAUUAGAUGCUGUCCAGUUAUAUCUGCAGGGUUUCUGUUGGCAAUUUUUAAAGUUCUGCUCUAAUCCAAUCAUGCGUGUUGUACAGUCACGUUUAACUCGUCAAGCUACCCAGCAGAAUGAUGAAACUUAUUUCCUUUGGACAAUGCGAUUCUGUAUGGCAUUUUGUCGAGUUUAUCGAUUUCGCUCAGACUAUAUAAGUGAAACUCUCAGUGUGCCAAUUUUUCAUUGGAUAUAUGAUCAAGUAAUAAAUUAUAAAGAACAUUUAGUAACCGAUAAACGUGGUGGCGCUUCAAAUCAACGUGCAAUCCAAGCAGCUCGACGUUUAGAACUUGCUGUAGCCUGUUAUAAAGAAUUUCUCACUUGCCUAAAUCGUAUGCUUCAUGUAACUGGAGCAGAUAAGACUCUUCAACCAGGUGACGAUGAAACACAAGAUGGUGUUGAAGAACGAUUACGUUCACAAGCUAAUGUUGCUGAGUCGAUUUUUGCCAAUGUAUUUUAUGUUGCUGAAUAUCAAGAACUAUUCCCAAAUCUUUUGAAGGACUACAAUGAAAUAUUCAUGUCCAAAGACUAUUUGCGUGAUUUGGUUGAAGGUUCUCACUUAUUUAUAACUUUACUUUCCAACAAGAUCUGCGGUAGCAAUAAAAAAAUUAUCGAAACUCAUAAAAGAGAUAUUCUAAAUCAUGAACCUGAAGCUGUGAGAAUUAGCCGUCUCGAACAACAAUGGUCUAAUCAGUUAGAACGUCCCUUAAUAGAGAUUUUACUUGGAACAGCAUAUCAAGAGAAUGAACAGGAUGAAAGUGAUAAUGAAAUGAAUGAUACAAGACUCUUCGAUGCAACUACAGGAAACAGUGAAGAUCAGCAGUUGAAAUCGGCCAUUCGUCGAGUUCAAGCUGCUUUAUUUGCAGGCUCAGCUAAAACUGCUUUAUCAAUGGCCAAGAGAAUGUGGCGUCUUUGGCCAGAAGUUGCUCCAGUUUCAGUUGAGGAAGAUAAUUCAACGAUUGUUGGUGGGCGUGCUGCAGGAUUACGGCCUGAAUGCUUGAAUGUAUUAGGGGCUUUACAGCAAAUUCAUAUGACUGAACUAGAGGAAGAAGAAGAACAGGAGGUACUAAAUAAUUCUUCAUCGAAUAGUAGUGAUAGUGAUAACCUUUACAACGAAGAACUUGGCAUAAGUGAUGCAAAUGAUGAAGAACUAGUUACUACUGAAAAAGAAGUAGUUCUAGACUUUAGUGCUUUUAUGCUCAAAUUUAUUCAUCCACGUGUUGUACAUGCUUACGCUUUACUUUUAGAGAAUUACGAUAAUAAUCCUGAAUCAGUCAAUCAUGCGAUUGUACAUACUAUUCAUCGAUUGACUGUACGAGAAAGAUUACCUGGUUGCUUUUUUCAAUUACGCUUAUUUCGAGUAUUUCAAAAAUUUCUACACGAUCGUGCUUUAGCUACUUCGUCAGAAUUUAAAACUACUAAAAUCGGUUUCAUUCUUCAAUUUGUCUAUAUGCUAAGUUUUCAACUUAAGAAAACUAUUCAUUGUACCAGUGAACAUGAUAAAGAAUUAACUCAACUAUUUGAAGCUUAUCGUCAUGAUCCUGUACCUUCUGGUAACGAUUUAGCUGAUCUAUUAGUCAAACAUUUUUCCGAUCCAAGUAAAACUCGUCGACAAGUUAUUGCUAGAUUGAUUAUAUUGGGCUUGAUUACAUCAGCGAAACAACUCAAAGAAAUUAUAGUUCGUCCCCCUGAACCUCUUAGCGGACGAAAUCGAUGUUUACUCAACAAUGGAGAAUCCAGUGAAUGGACUGAACAGGAGAUAGCUCGACUAAGAGACAUAGUCGAGUUACACAAAGGUUCAAAAAAUAUGCUAACUGAAAUCAUGAAUGAAAGAAAGGUAGACCAUGAUUUAGCUGUUCAACGUUGUUUGGAACAAGAAUUAAUUAUGGAUGAAAAUCGGUCAGACAAAUAUAUUCCACCUAUUCGUGCCAGACUGGAUAAUGAGAAUCAACUUAAAACAGCUGUCUAUAAAAGGAAACGUACAAAAGUACAAAACGUGGAUAUGGAUGUUUCAAAAGAACUAAAGAAAAGCAAGAGUUGCAAGAAAAAAUUUUCAUCAACGUCAGAUGACGAACGAUCCAUGAAUUCAUCAUAUGAAGAAGAAGAAAAAGAAGCAAAUACUUCACACAACUCAGAUUCAAAACAUAACACAGAUGAAAAUACCAGUCCUGAAUAUAUUAAUCAGUUAGUUGAAUCAAAUAGACCAUCUGAUCAAGUGGAUCACAUUACCUAUGUGAAUCAUACUCAAGAUGAUUAUACCUGUGGAGCAGUUUCUCCAAACUCAGAAUCAGGGUCUCCGAAAAUGCCAGUUCAAAAGAGAAGGCGUCUAUUAUCCUCAGAUGAUGAAAAUGAAGAUGGUCUUGAUACUUAUCAUUCAGAGUCACCAAUGGAAAUACGACAUCCUGAGAAUGAUGAACCUGUUAGGGGUGUGUUUCGUAGAGUGCAAAUAUUAUCUUCGGACUCGGAAUAA